AUGGCGUAUGGCGAUUGGAAUGGCAACCCAACCACGACUCCCGUCGCCAUUGCCCUGGCUGUGUGCUUUUGCUGGGUCCCGGUCCUGGCCGUUCUUAGCAUCUUUAGGAAAUGCCGAGUUCGUUUUCGUGCCUACUUUGAGGAGCGUGGGUGGGUUGCCCCAGUCCCGGACGAGGAGAAGCUUCUCGCCCGCCAGCAGAAAGCGCCCGAAAUUUGCAUACCCCCGCCCGUUCAUAAACGUAGGAGCCAUCAGAGAUCCCACUCAGCCCUGACCUACAACUCGGCCGCCAGCAACGAGACGCUAAGGAGGGUAGACACCGCCUCGAGUUGGGACCCAGUACGGCACUUCGAUCCCCCGGGGGCUAGUCCACCCCCGUCGAUAGCGCCCUCGAUGGCCAGGAAUAAUUCUCUACGAUCCAACUUCUCUCGGCCCACACAGAGCCGAGAAGCCUCGGUGCGGUCCGUCUCGAGUACAACGACGCUUACGGCCGGCGUCCAGGGCCGUACUUGA